AUGGGCAUCAGUCGCGACUUCUUCGUGGGUAGAAUAUCACAGCAGGCCAAGCAGGCCACCUACAAUCACCACCUUCCACCCUCGAAAAAGUACAUUAUAACGCGUCCUGCCACCCGAGAUGGGCAUCAGUCGCAACUGUUGUUGUUAAUUUUUAUUUUUUGUCUCCUGCAGUCCUCACCUGAUGCCAACGUUAAAGACGUGAACCAGCAGGCGUUCACAAAGGCUUUUGCCGAAUUUCUGAAGAAGUCCGGUAAAGUCAAGGUUCCUGACUGGUCAGAUCUUGUAAAGACAGCAAGAUUCAAAGAGUUGGCUCCUUAUGAUGAUGAUUGGUAUUACACUCGUGUUGCGGCCAUUGCCCGUCACAUUUACAUGCGCUCCCCAGUGGUGUAGUACCAUUAGGAGAUUUAUGGAG